CCCAAUAAACGUGCAUUUUAUCUAGUCCAGUAUAGAAAACAAGAGCCAAAUCCAAACCCUAAUUAUCGAUCUCACUUCAACGCCGUCACUUCUUCACACUGUUGGGCUAUUUCGGUGUAGCUUAAGUUUUGUAGGAACCACCGAAGCUAAUAAGCGAUUCUUCUUUGUGUUUUUGGGUUUUUGAAUUCAGAGUUUCGCAGUAGAAAGUGAAAAGAAUGAGUCGGGGAGGUGUAACUGCUUCGAAGGGCAAGAAGAAGGGGGUGACAUUCACCAUUGACUGUGCGAAGCCAGUGGAGGACAAGAUCAUGGAUAUUGCUUCUCUCGAGAAGUUCCUUCAAGAGAGGAUUAAGGUUUCUGGCAAGGCCGGUGCUCUCGGUGACACCGUCGCCGUUGCACGCGAGAAGACCAAAAUCAUUGUUACUUCCGACAGCAACUUCUCUAAACGUUACCUCAAGUACUUAACUAAGAAGUAUUUGAAGAAGCACAACGUUCGUGACUGGCUCCGAGUGAUUGCUUCUAACAAAGAUAGAAGCGUUUAUGAACUGAGGUACUUCAACAUUGCUGAGAAUGAAGGAGAGGAAGAAGAUUAGUCAUGUCGGUUUAUUCAUUUGAGAACCUUGUUUACCCUUUUUCUGAAUGGUAGAUUAUCGUUUGGCUUGAGCUCUGUUUACAUCAGUUGCAAUUUAACAGUUUUGUUUAUUUGAGAGUUGUGAUUCGGAAUAGAGUUCACAUUAUAUUUUUUUCCUUUGAUACAGUUGCUAUGUGUUACUAAACUAAUAUUCAGAUCAUCUUAAAGCCCAUACCCAGUCCCUUAUUAUUUGUUCUUAUGUCUUCCAA